AUUAUAAAAGAUGAAGUUUCACAUUUAUGGAGCAAAAAUUUUCAACAUGUUUUAGAGUCAACGUUUACAGUAUAAACCUUUGUUACUCUCGAAUUGCCUACUAGUUUUUCUAUCAUAUAACUUUGUUCUGUAACUUCUAACAUCUUUCGUUAAUUAUAUUUACAAAUGUGUCAGGGAGUAACAGCUCUUACAUAAAACAACAGAAUCCCACUUGUUGAGCGUGGUAAUUAUGAAAUAGUUAAGUUAGAGUCAACUCAAAUCUCUUCAGAAAAAACCUGUUAAGUGCCAAUCUUAUAGAUAGCUUUUGGUCUGUGUUUUUUCCAAAAGGAAAUAUAACAAUAUUUCAGGAUUAACUUUUAUGUUGGUGCGUAUAAGCUUGAAUAUACAGAGAUUAAAAAGUUUGAAUAUCUUUGAUAAAUUUAUGGUGUCGUUUGAUGUUUUUUCUCCUGCACAACGACAUUUUUGGAACAAGGAAUGAAUUUCGUUUGCCAAAAUUAUGAUACAUCUUUAUUAGAAGAAGAACUUAUGUGUACUAAAGGUAUACAAUACCAUUUCAAUAAUUUACUGUAUUGUCAAAUUUAUGGAGUCUCUAUAAGUGGCCCUUUGAAUUUGUUUUUGGAUAAUAUCUUUGUUGGAAAACGUGAACAGAGGAGAUUGAAGCCUAUUGACUUUGAGACACUGUUUAAUAGUAGAAAAUGAAAGAGAAGAAAAAGUUCUCUUUUCGGAAGCUGAUUGGUAAAUUUGAAGAAUCAUCAAAAUCACAUGUAAAUGAAAUGUUUAAUAAAUCUCAUUCCGAUAUACAAAUUGAUUUAAAUAAUCAACAAAUGGAAAGUGAACUAGAAUUUGCACAUAAAUUAAUGAACUCACCAGAAGAAAUGGGUUUAAGUUUAGAGGGCAGAGAUAAUGAAAUUGAAUGUUAUGUACAAACAAUAUGUGAACCAUGUACAUUAAGUAAAAAUGCAAUAAAUUUUGAUCGUUUACUACGUCGUAUUGAUACAACUAAUGCACGUGUAACAACAUUGAUCAAUUUAUGCACUACAGCUAUUUUAGCCUCAGAUAAAACUGCUAUUAAUUUUCUAGUGAAUAGUUUAAAACGUAUGCGACGCAAACAAAAUUUGUUAAUUAAUGAAGCAGAUGAUACAAUGUUGACAUUUUUAAAAGAUCCUCUGAUUUUAUUACGUUCAAAGAAGAAAAAAGUUGAUGAUGACGAUGAUGAUAAUGACGAUGAAGAUGAUGAUGGUGAUGAUGUAGAAAACGAUAUUGAUGGUAAUGGUAAUGUACGAGAAGGGAAUAUAGAAGAUAAAUGUGAAAAUAGUAAAAAAAAUGAGGAGGCACAAAUUCGUUGGGAAAUGAGUAGUAAUCAACUAAGUACUGAUUAUUCCACAAGUGAUAGUGAUAAUGAUGGUCCAACGCCUGAAUUUGUUUUAAAUUUAUCUAAACAAAUACGUAAAACAGAAGGUACACGAUUAAAACAAAAUUUACGUUUAAUCAGUCGUAAAAAAUCAUCAAAUAUAGGAAGUAAAAAAGCAUCAUAUAAUGUUCCACCACCUUUGAAUCCACUUGGACAUAAUCGUAAUGAUUUAUUACGUUCACAUGCUACAGUAGCAAGUGGUCUUUGUCAACAAAGUCAUAAAAUAUCAUCAUCAUCUAUGCUAUCAACAAAUGGAUUACAUAAUACUGAUACAAAAUAUACACCAACAUUACCAUUUAAUUUAUUAAGUUUAACUGGACAAUUAUCAUGGUUAAUUUCAGAAUAUAUUGAACGUGGUAGUUCAACAUAUAAAUGGGCUACAGAAUUAAUUAAUUCAAUUGGUAAAAUGUCUGUCACACGAUCUACAUGGUUAAAUGUACAUCAACAAUUAAGAGAAACAACAGAAUUAUUAUAUUCACAUCGUGAUCAACAAUUAAAAUUAUAUUAUUCAAUUAAUGAAACACCACAAGUAUUAUGUCAAUCAACAAAACAAUUAAACAAUCAUAAUAAUAAUAAUAAUAAUCAUAAUGAAAGAAAAUUAGUACAACUAUCUUGUUUAUUAGAGAAAAAAUUACAUUUAGCUUAUUUAUGUGAUUUAUUAUUAUGGAAAGCGCAUAAAAUAAUUUUGACUCAAUUAAAUUAUACUGAUGAAGAUAUAGUGAAAUGUCAAUCGAUGGAUUUUCAAAUACGUUUAUUUGAAUUACAAUUAGAUCAAUUAAAUGGACAAAAUUGGUCAACAAAUUUAAUGAAUUAUAUGUUAUGUUGGUUAAAUGAUAUAUGUGAAUGGAAAAAUCAAUUUAAUUUAAAUUCAUCUGAUAUUGAUUAUUUUAUAUGGAAUGAAUUUUAUGUAUUUAAAAAUUCAAUUGAUAAUUUAUUCAAUUUAGUUCAAUCAUUAAAUGCUUGUAAAUUAAUAAGAUCAGCAUUAGAUGAACAAAAUAAUAAUCAUAUUAAUGAUAUGAAUCAAUCAAUUUAUAAUUAUCAUUUAAGUAAUAGUUUAAGUAAUAUUAAUUUAGAUGAUAAUCAAAGUAGAAUAUCAUCAUCAGAUGGAUCAUCAUCUAAAAUACAAUCACAUAAUCGUUUAUCACAUAAUAAUUAUCAUCCACAUCAAUCACAUCAUAGUCAAGGUGAUUUUCGUAUAUUAGAUGCUGAACGUUGUUCAAGAUCAUAUUCAGCAUUAGUUAGACAAAUACAAGAGAAUGCUAUGAAUAAUAGACCAUUAGCUUAUUUUGCUGAACGUGCUUUAUAUGAUAUUGCAGUAGAAUUAGGUUGUACAGUAAAUUGGGAUGAACGAUUUGAUAGUUUAAGUAAAGAAUUAAAAAAUGCAUGGCAAGAAUGGGAAUUAAUUAUACGUGAAAAAAUAGAUCGUGAUUUCUAG